AUGGCUAUCCAAAAAAAGCAUGGAAAAGGGCGUCUCGACAAAUGGUACCGGCUUGCGAAGGAGAAAGGAUACAGAGCUCGGGCUGCCUUCAAGCUUAUAGAGCUCAACAAGAAGUAUGGCUUCCUCGAGCAGAGCAAGGUCGUCCUGGAUCUUUGCGCAGCACCGGGGUCUUGGAUGCAGGUCGCCAGCGAGACGAUGGGCAGCGGGAAAAUUAUUAUUGGUGUCGAUCUUGAUCCUAUCAAACCAAUUCGAGGAACUAUAGGCCUACAGGGCGACAUCACGUCAGAGACCACCCGACAGGCCAUCCGACAACACUUGAAGACAUGGAAAGCAGAUACUGUGCUACACGAUGGUGCUCCCAACGUUGGAACAGCCUGGGUCCAAGACUCGUUCAACCAAGCAGAGCUUGUUUUAAAGUCGUUGGCACUAGCUACGGAAUUUUUACUUGUUGGUGGAACCUUCGUAACGAAGGUGUUUCGAAGUAAAGAGUAUAAUCCAUUACUCUGGGUUUUCCAGCAACUCUUCACUAAGGUAGAAGCAACAAAACCAAAAUCUUCAAGAGCACGUAGCGUCGUGUGUCGUGGGUAUAAAGCGCCUAAACGACUGGACAAAAGGCUCCUCGAUCCUCACUAUGUUUUUGCAGAGCUAUCCGGCCCGAACGCAAACAACGAGGCCAAAGUUUAUAACCCCGAGGUUAAGAAGCGCAAGAGAGAUGGUUACGAGGAGGGCGACUAUACACAGUUCAAGGAGAUGCCGGCCUCGGAAUUUAUCCAAACAGAAGAUCCAAUUGCAGUCCUAGGCUCGUACAAUAAGCUCACUUUGCAGCAACCACUCAAUGGGGAUGUUGCUUUGGCUGCGCUGGAUAAACUUCCCGAGACAACAGACGAAAUCCGAAAUUGCUGUUCUGAUCUGCGAGUACUGGGACGCAAAGACUUCAAGCUUCUCCUCAAAUGGCGUCUACGCGUUCGUUCCAUUUUCGGAUUGAGGACCAAGGAAACCAAGGAGACGAUGGCAGCCGAGGACCCUGAGGAGGUGGCCGAGGUUGAGUCAAUGGAUGAAGAGCUCAAGAUUCAGGAAGAACUACAAAACAUGAAAGACCGAGAAAACUCUAAACGGAAACGAGAGAAGCGAAAGGAGAAUGAGCGAAAGCAACGGGAGAUUGUGCGUAUGCAACUCAACAUGACCGCACCCAUGGACAUAGGCCUAGAGGAAUCUGGCCCCAUUGGUGAGGGAGCCAUGUUUUCACUCAAGAAAGUCGACAAGACAGACGCCAUGCGAAGAUUGAAUCGUGGCAAGAUGAUUGUUCCCACCCAAGCGACCCAGAAGGAGGCCGACAGUGGCUUUGGCUCUUCAGGAGAGACGGACGAUGAGAGUGACCCCGAAGAGGAUCGCCUGGAACGAGAGCUCGAGUCCAUGUACGACCAGUAUAAGGAGCGCAAGGCUGAGGUUGACGCGAAGUACCGAGCGAAAAAGGCCCGUAAGAAUUUUGGUGAUGAUGAGUGGGAUGGCCUGUCUGGCGAGGAAGCGGAUGAGAAAGAUGACUCUUCGGAGCUUGAGGAGGACGAUUCCUCUUCCGACGAAGAAGACGAAGCUCCUACAGAGGGACUCAUCCGCGAUCUGGAUUCUUCAAAGGGAGCAAACGGCUUAUCGAAGCGAGCAACGGCCUUUUUCAACCAAGACAUCUUCUCGGGCAUAAGCGGAAUCCUACCUGAGCAGGAAGAUGCUGCUGAGGACAGUGCGGAUGAAGAAGUCAACCGAGAUGCAGCAGCUAUCAUGGCCCAACAAGCGAAGAAUCGCAAAGCUGAGGCUUCUGCUAAGCCUACUAAGACCGAAGCGACCAAAGCUGACUCUGAUUCCGAGAUGGACGACAACGAGGAUGGUUUUGAGGUUGUAAAGCGAAAUGAGGAUGACGAUUGGGACAAGGACACCCGAAGAGCCGAUGGAAGACCCGAUAUUGAUAUCAUCACGGCUGAGGCUAUGACACUCGCCCAUGCCCUUGCGACAGGCCAGAAGACAACACAUGAUGCUAUUGAUGACGGCUUCAACAAGUACGCCUUCCGCGACCGCGAUGGUCUACCAGAUUGGUUUGUCGAGGAUGAAUCACGGCAUGACAAGCUCCAGAAACCCAUCAGCAAGGCUGCUGCGCAGGCGAUCAAGGAGAAGAUGCGAGCUUUCAAUGCUCGCCCCAUCAAGAAGGUGCGCGAGGCCAAGGCUCGCAAGAAGUUCAAGGCUGCACAAAGGCUGGAGAAGCUCAAGAAGAAGUCAGAGUUGCUCAACAACGACGAAAACAUGACAGAGAAGGAGAAGGCUGAUAGCAUCUCACGCCUUAUCUCGAAAGCAGCAAAGAAGCCCAAGAAGCAACAGGCCAAGCUCGUUGUCGCCCGCGGUCUCAACCGGGGCAUCAAGGGCCGUCCUAAGGGAAUUAAGGGUAGAUAUCGUAUCGUUGAUCCGCGCAUGAAGAAGGAAUUGCGAGCGCAGAAGAGGAUUUCCAAGAGGAAGAAAUAA